AUGGCUGAAAACAAUAUAAAAAUGGCCCUCAGUCCCCGGCAGACCUUUGAUGGUCAGAGGGUGCGAAUAAUCUCCGGGUCAGCCAUGACGAUUGCUACGUGGAACGUCAAGAGUAUGUACCGCACCUAUAAAGUGGUAAAUAUAGAACGGGAGAUGCUAAGACUUAAGAUAAACAUCCUUGGGGUGAGUGAGUCUAGGCACCAGGGAACUGGAGUCUUGUUACGGGAUGACACAGUAGUAUAUUAUAGCGGUAACAAUGAUAAAAAUCACUACAACGAUGUGGCCGUCAUUAUCAGCAGACAUCUACAUCAUCAGGUUCAGAGUUUCUUACCCAUAUCGGACAGAGUUUUAGUCCUGGAGUUAAGAGCAAAACCUAGAAACAUCCAGAUAGUCCAGGUUUAUGCACCAACCACCGAUGCUACUGACGAGGAUAAUGAACUCUUUUACGAACAAGUAGAAAACGCUCUUAAACAUCUCAAUCCACACAACAUUAUCCUAGUCCAAGGCGCCGAUAUUGGAUCUGAUCACAAUCCGGUUGUUGCAUCCCUUCGCUGUAGUAUGAAAAUUCUAAAACCUAAAUCAAAAAGACAACAAAUGGAUGUGACCAGACUUAAAGAACCGGAAAUACGGCUUAAAACAGCUACAGAAAUAAAUAUGGCUGUUGACCGCUUGAACAAAGAACUUGGUCCUAAUGUUGACGUAGAAGAGACAUGGACUAAAUUAAAGGAAAAGCUUGUUGAUACUGGUAAAAGAAUUCUCCAACCAUUAAAAUGUAAAAUAAAAAACCGCUGGAUCACUGAGGAGAUUUUAAGCCUAAUGGAACAGCGCAGAUCCCACAAAGGAGUAGACGAUCAACAAUAUAAAUACAUACACAAGUUAAUCCAAACAAAAGUACUUGAAGCGGAAGAAAAAUGGAUGGUUGACCAAUGCAUUGCGAUAGAAGAGUUUGAGGCCAGAUAUGAUUAUUUUAAUGUGCAUAGGAAAGUCAGGGAAAUAACGGGUACUUUUAAAACACGAAACAUGAACUGUAACGUUUUACUGGAUGAUCAGGGAAAUCCUGCUAAAACAAUUGAAGAUAGACUUAAUACUUGGCAAAAUUAUAUAACAACACUAUUCCAUGACGUUAGACCUGCUCUAGAAUCAAGUUCAUGUGGAAAUGUUGUUGUUAUGAUG